CUGUAGUAAGGGGGGGCUUGAAACCGGCUGCGCUUGCCCCAUUUCUUCGGUUGUUUUCCUCCUCUCGCCUGGAUUCUCCAUGUUGUUGCUGCAAAAGUGAGGAGUUCGCUGCGACGGCACAGGGGGGCAGCUGUACAGUUUUAAUUGUUGGAAACGCGCUGAAACUGAGGCAGCGACCAAAAGCCUCCAAAAAUACAUUUCCUCACAGUGCCUUUCCCUCGUACCUCUUCCUCUCCAGGCAGCGGAGCUCCGAGGAAGAAGACUCGGCGGAAGAAACGAAACAAACCCACUCAGUGUGACCGAGGAGCGGAGCUGAGGCGGAGGACAAGUUCACCUCGGUGAGUCCACUGGUCACUGAAAGCCAAUGAGGGAUGAGCAUCAGUGCCCGGGGACAGGAUUUGAGGAUUUUGAGGGCUCCGUGAUUGUCAGAUGGAAAGUUCUGUUAUCACCCAAGUGCAGAAAGAAGACGUUCAAGUGUCACCGAAAACAGUCCAGGUGAACCAGUCUGCCCUAAAACAGCCUCGGAGUUGUAACAUCUUCAAAGCACUCUUCUGUUGCCUAAAAGCUCAGGAUGGCCCCAAAGCACCACCAACACCACCACCACCACCACCACAGUCACUGCAACUACCACCUUCCCAGCAGGCUUUGCUGGAUUCACAGGAAAAUGGAACAGUUGUCAAGCUGCCUGAACCCAGUCUUCUGCCAGAGAUAAAUGCACAGGACCAGGGAAAGAUAUGUAUGGUCAUUGAUCUGGAUGAGACCCUGGUGCACAGCUCUUUCAAGCCUAUUAGUAACGCCGACUUCAUCGUGCCUGUGGAGAUAGAGGGGACCACACACCAGGUGUAUGUGCUGAAGAGGCCGUAUGUGGACGUGUUCCUCCAGAGGAUGGGAGAACUGUUUGAAUGUGUGCUGUUCACAGCCAGUCUCGCUAAGUACGCAGACCCAGUGACAGACCUGCUGGACCAGUGUGGUGUUUUCCGGACUCGGUUAUUCCGAGAAUCUUGUGUGUUCCACCAGGGCUGCUAUGUCAAAGACUUGAGCCGUCUGGGUAGAGAUCUCCACAAAACGCUUAUCCUUGAUAAUUCUCCUGCCUCCUACAUCUUCCAUCCUAACAAUGCUGUUCCUGUGUUGUCGUGGUUUGAUGACUUGGAAGAUGCUGAGCUGCUCAACCUUCUGCCUGUCUUUGAAGAACUCAGCCAAGCUGAUAACGUUUACACACGGCUGGACCUUCGUGGACAUGGAGGGUCUAUUGAACCGCUCGGCUCCUGUUAAUACUUCAGCUUCAACCAACUACAAUCGACAAAGAACUGUUUAUUGAAAGUAGAGUCCAGUUGUUAUUCCCUUCACUCCUGCAUUAAAAAUAACUACACGAUUUAGGAUAAGGGGAAUUUCAAGUUUGGAAAACACAAUGUCUUUGGUUUAAAGAAACAUUUACAUCACAAUCUGAAGCCUUCACUCUUUCUCAUGUGCUUACUAUAUUGGCAACCACUGUUUGAGGGAACUAAUAGAAUGUGCAGGAAUCAACAACCAAAGCAACUCCAGAAACAAUCAUUCCAAUUAGUAUCAAUCUCAGAGUGGUUCUCUUGCCAAAGCAGGUGUCUGCCUACCCUGACUUGACUUUUUGACAUUGUGUUUUUUAUAAUUGUGCCUUUAAGGAACAACCUGAAAACAUCAGCUCUUUUUAAAAGAAUCUGCCAGAUUUUAUACAUGUAUCGGUCUGUUUUUUUUAAAUAUAUAGUUUUCUUUUAAAAGGAAUUAUAUGAAAGAGGUAAACAUGGUUUUUCUAUGCAAAAAAAUUAUGUAAUAAUGGCAACAGACAGUACCUCUUGGACAGCCAGUCAAUAAUAACAUUCAGCAGAUGUACACAUAGCUGUAGCCUUACUUACCUGUCAUUGAGCAGCAAAGAGUGUUUUUCUGAAUUUGUACUAUAAACGUUUUCUACCAAAAAACAUUCACAGUCAAACCUGUAUGGUGUAACUGUUUAUGGCUUUCGAAGAACAGAGUGAAAUCUUGUCUUUGACACACUGGAAUAUAUUGGCACAUAGAAUGACCCUUAAUGCCACAGUUUUCAGCCAAGGUUUAUUUGUUACUGUGUUCUUUUUUUUGUAUUACAACAUGACAGACAAUGUGCACGUGUUUAAUAUUGACAGUGCUAACAAACAACUGUGCCUUUUAGGGUUGGACAGAGUGGUUUUUCUGCCUGAACAGAGAUUUGUGGGCCUACACACUCUGAUGUGUCAUGCUGAGCGUGAGAAAACACUGUCAAGAGCAAGUGUAAUGCCAUGUGGCUGCGGUACUUGCAGUAUAACACUUGAAAAUAUCAGAAAUAGAUUUUUUAACAUGUAUGAGUGUUAUAUUUAUUGGCCAAAAAGUUUGUAUUGUUCAGUACUUUUAAAUGCAUAGUAAUCCAUAUGCCUAUUUUGAGGCGGGCCUUGUGUUUGACUUGUUUGAUCUGUGCCUAAAUCCUACACAAAUUGCUGUCAAAACCUUCUGGGUAUUUAAAAUAUUACCAGUUAAACACUUUUUUAAAUCCAAUAUUUGAUCAUAUAAAGAUUUUUUUUUCUGAAGAUGUAUUACAACGGAUACUUUGUGGGGAUUGUUUUCUGGGUAACAUGUUUGUAUUUCCUACGUUUAAAGCCUGAUGCAAAUAUUGCCUGCAUGUCUAUGAGUAAAAAUAUGACAAUGAAAAUCAAAA